CUUGUACUGAGGACAUAUCAAGUUAAAAUGGCGACUAGAGAAUCCGGAAGAGUGAAAGAAGCAGAGAAGAGAAGAGUUCUAGAUGAUGCUGCGAGGAAACGACGGGCCCGAAAGGCCGUAGAAGCAUUGGAACAGGACAAUUUCCAUGAUGAUCCCCAUGCAGACCUGGUUAUGUCCAAAAAAAUUCCCAAAUUUGCAGAUUCCAAUGAAAAGCAAACUAGAAAGAAAAAGUCUAAGAGUGCUGAGUAUUAUAAGAUGAGGUUUAGGAAAACAUUUGCCCAACUGGUUGAAGAGGAUGCCAGUUUCAGACCAGAUCCACCUAAUUAUUUGUCAGCACAGGCAUCACCAUCUAAGUUUCCGGACCGUCAUUUCUGUGCUGUAUGUGGCUUUACAUCCAAUUACACCUGCAUACCAUGUGGAGCGCGAUACUGCAGUGUCAAGUGCUUGGGAACACAUUUGGACACUAGAUGUUUAAAAUGGACAGCCUAAAUAUUAUUAAUACGUGGUGUUUCAAUGUUAACCUUACCAAUAAAAUAUGUGCCUGA